GGCGUGGGAUGGGGGCGGGGCACGUGAUCACUUGCUCGUUUUCGCAGCUCGCUCGCUGUGCUUUUCGAUGUUGCUGCUGUUGUUGCUGGGCACUUGCACUUGGGGCGGUGGAGGAGGCGGUGGGGCUUCUCGUGCACUUCCACUGCACCGCACUGCAAACUAGUAUCUACGUGGGGAAGAAUGGAGGCGGGCAAGGGGAUGGGGGAUCGGUCGGUCCGUGCAGGCAUGCUAUGGGGAGGGGGGCGGAUUCGACAGAAGUACCAGUGUCGACAUAACCAUCAAGAGUAGAGGGGAGUAGAGGGGAGUAUCGUAGCGGCGGAGGGUUGAGCCGAUCUUGCGCUGCUCGCUUCGCUGCACUGACUGGACUUGUCUCGUCUCGUCGCUCGAUGGUGGCCGAUGAUGGCUUGUGCUUGUGCUUCUGCUUCUACUUCAGUGGUGGUGGUGGUGGUGGUGGGGAUGUCUCGCGCGCAGGCUCAGGCUCAGGUUCAAGCUCAGGCUCAAGUUCAAGC